GGGGGGGGGGGGGGGGGGGGCGCCAAGGAGCAAUCUCGCCUGGGGCACCACACUGUGUAGAGCCGGCCCUGGGUUUAUGUGAAGCUGGAGCUUCGUGGGGCUGCUAAGCCUCUUAGACUGCGACAGAUGCAGGGAGAAGGCUAAUGAGGAGCUCCCGCCUCCACCCUGCUCGGUUUACCGGUAACCCAAACACCGCCAGAGCGCUGUAGGAUGAUGGAGCACGCAGUGACUUCACAGCCAGUCUGAAGACCCGUAAGUCCGGUUCUGUCUUCAGAGCGGUGCCAUGCUGCCCCAGGACGUUGGCAAGCAGAAGCCCUCCCGUGUGUCCGACCCAUUCGGUGGAGGAGACAUUCCCCAGAUCCCGCCGCGGCGCUUCAAGAACCGGAACUUUCCUCAGAGCGUGAGGCGCCGACGGUCCGGAUCCGCGCCGGAGCGCAGGGUGAACUGCGUCCUGGUCGGUGACGGUGCGGUGGGUAAGAGCAGCCUCAUCGUGAGCUACACCACCAACGGGUACCCCUCCGAAUAUGUGCCUACCGCCUUCGACAACUUCACCGUGAUGGUGGUGGUGGAUGGGAAACCAGUCCGACUGCAGCUGUGUGACACAGCUGGACAGAAAUGGGGCCUGAUGGAUGGAUCUGUUAACGAUGAGUUGGAGCGCCUCCGGCCGCUCUGCUACAGGAACGCGGACGUCUUCCUCCUCUGCUACAGCGUGGUCCAGCCCUGCUCUUUCCACAACCUUGCUGGCAAAUGGGUGCCGGAGGUCCGUGAGCUCUGUGCUGGAGCUCCACUGGUUCUGGUGGGCACCCAGAUGGACCUGAGAGAGGACGUGCAGGUGCUGAUCCACCUGGCUCAGAACCAUCAGCAGCCGGUGAGCACAGAGGAGGGUCAGCGGCUGGCCCUGGAGCUCGGGGCCGUGGCUUUCGCUGAGUGCUCGGCUCUGACUCAGAAGAACCUGAAGGAUACGUUUGAUUUGGCCAUCUUGGCCAGCAUACAGCAGGCAGACAGUACGGGCCCCCAGCAGCUGAGGCAGACUCUGACCAGGAAGACCCCUGAAAAGAUCAGGAGCCUCUCUGAUGCCUGGUGGAAGAAGCUCACCUGUCUGGUGGCAGAAGACAGCUGAUUUCAGAUGAAAGCCUUCAGUUUGGGUGACUGGUUGGGUCCACCUUUCACACCUUACAGCUAAAUGACUCUGAUACACAGAAUAUUUAUGUGUAAUCUUAUUUAUUUAUUUUUACUUUUAGUUUCCCCUAAUUACUCUAAAUUCCAUGAUUAGACAGCGUAAAUGUCCCCGAAUCAUUUUCACCUAUAACUUCAGGAACCGCUUUACCCUAACCAGCAGUUAUUAGUACUUUAUAUAUAGAUUAAUAACCAGGUUACAAACACUGAAGCUGGAUUUCUACUGGAUAGGAUUCAAGCUAAUCUAAUGCAUUAUAACAACUUUAUAAAGGUUUAUAAUGUGUGCAUUUUUAAUCCAUGAAUUAGUAAUGACUCAUUUCUAAAGUUUAAAAUGGUUCAAUAAUGUGAAUUUCUAGCAGUCUUUUCCCACUUCUGUCAUUUAGUUGUCCUCCUAACCUGCUGAAAACUUGCACCAGGUGCUGCCAGAAGUCACGCCGCCUCCUCCUGUCCACCUGGAUCUGGUCAGACCACCGUAUGUGUCUGUGUCAGAAAUCAGACAGAGGAGAACACCUCCUGGGUGAGUUAGCUGAAGAUCCCAGCCGGCCUGUGGAAGCCUCCUCUAAUAGGAGCAGACAGGACCACCUGGUCUGGAUUAGACCAGCAUAUGGAGGCUGAUUUCCUCGCCGCUGAGGUGUCACGUCUCCAACAACACAAGCUGAUUGCUCCAGUUUGGAGGGUUGGUCUCAUUCUGAGCAGCUGGUGGAUAGAACAUUCCCAGUAUGGGCUCAGGUCUGAACCACUUCAUAAUAAUUAUGUUUAUCCAUGUGAGCAACAGGACCACACCAAGAACUCUGCAACAGCUUAAAUUGGACCUUAAGUUAACAUCAGAUGUAUUGUAAAGUCUGGUUAAUAUAUAAAAGUGAAAGAGAGAUCUUUUUAACUAACCUUUUACAGAAUUAACAUUUCUCCAUGUUGGGCUUUUUCAGGGAAUAAAAGCAAACAGGAAAAAAUAGUUACUGCAAAUAAUUGGUUUGAAUCUGGACCUGAUCGAAACUGGAUCAACAGAUUUGAAGAAGUCAUUAGAUGUAACUUUGCCCCACAGAUUAACCCGCCAGGAGCCGUGAUGUCUGCUGAAGCAACAUCUUAUCUGCUGCUGUUCCGUCCCAAGAUGAAGGACACCUCAAGUUUCACAAUAAUAAUUUUAAAUAAUAAUUUUAAUAAACUCUUGACUUUAUUGCUGUUAUUACAACCAUCAUAAAUAAUCUCUUGGUUCAGUAUAAAUGUAUUUUAAUUACUGAAAUGACUUAUUAUGCUUUGGGUUUAAUAAUAAUUAUUGUUGAUAAUCCUAAUGUGUGUUCAGCAAACCAAAAGGUCAUCUUGCACGUUAACCACCUCAUCCAGAAGAAGGGAUCCAGGGUAAAGGGUAAACCAUCACAUGUCUUUACUUCAUGACCAAGCUUUCUGACGCUGAGAGGGCGUGUUCUGAGGGUUUUGUUAAAACCAAAUCCCACAGCAAAAAGUCCAGUUCUUGAACCCAACAGGAGACGAGGGACGGCCGCCCGAAUCUCUACUAAGCAUUCUGUCACGCCGAUAGACUUGCUUCGAAUAAACGCAACUGUAACCA